AUGAGCGAAGAUGCGGUAGACAAUGUGGAGGAGAAGGCAGAAGUGGAAGCACCCCCGCAGGUAACAGAACCGGGGCUGAAAAAGAAAAAGAAAAAAAAAAAGGACAAAGGCGCCAAAGGGGGAGAAAAUACCCCCAAUGGAAAAGUGAACAAAAAGAAGAAGAACAAAGAGAAAUCCCUCAAAAAUGGGAAAGCGAAAGCGGCCGGACGGAAGAAGAAGCUCCGAAAGGGGGACGCGUUGCAGGAAGAUAACGACACGGUAAGUAACAACAGUGACGAUAGCGAUGGAGACAACUCCCGUGACAGCGAUAUGGCAAGUCUGGAAAACUUCUGCAAAGAGAAUGGCUUGAGUGAGCCCAGCUCGGAAGAGCAAGAAUCGGUAAACCUGGCUAAUAAGGAUGACCACGAAAAUGAAGGGAAGCGAAUCAAUAUGGUGUACGUAGAGGAGUACCUCAAUUCUGUAAGCAAGAAGACGAGGUUGAGCAAAGUGGUGAAGCUGCUCUCCAUGUUUCGGGAUGCCCUAAACAUGUUCGUGGAUGAAGAGGUGGAGGACGGCAUGCCGAAGAAGGGAGAAGUAACAGACGAAGCAGAUCAGGGGGAGAAAAAGAAAAAAGGCUCAAAAGGGAGUAAGAAGCGAGGAAAAAAUCAGAAGGGAAAACGAAGCAGAACGAAGUACGCAAUGAACGUGGAUACGUCCAUUUUCACCGUUUUCAACGUGCUGUAUAAUAUAGACACCCUUUUCUACAACAUCACAAAUGAGGGGUCACGCCAGCUGAAGGUGUGGAACUUGGACAGUAUCAGAAAUAAUGAGAUGUACCAGGAGGAUAGUACCCUCGAUAAGGACUGUGACGUGGAAGACGAAAAAAUAGUGGACAAUGUGAAAAGCGCGAAAAACGCGGAAAGCGCACAAAGUAUGCAGAUUCUGCAGAGUAUGCCAAAUUAUAAGCAUUUGGAAAAAUGGAUAGUGGUACUAAACAUGGGGAAAAUAUUUUUAAAAAGAAUCUGCACCAUGUUUAUCCUGUCGAAGAAGAACGACGUUUACUUCUUCCUCUUUCUGUUAAUACAAAACAUGGUUCAGCUCUACAAUGAGAAGAAAAAAAUACUAUAUAACAACAGCGUUGACAAUGGGAAGAUUAAAGAAAAGGAGGAGAUUAAAAAGACGUACCAAUUGGAGAAACUCCUAUUCGAGGUGUACCAAUAUCUGAUGCAGAGAUAUUUGAUCCAUUAUGGGAGCAACUACCAAAAUGUCCUCCUUUUGAACCACAUGAAUUUUAAAGAGAAUUGCCUCAUCGAGUUGUUCACGUUGCUCUCCCACGAUGUGGCCUAUACGAUCACCUUUAGGUAUAUUCAAACGGUCAUGCAGAAAAUCAGGGAGGGCUUCAAAAUCACCUACGAGGAUGCCAAAAGGGGGAAUCUUGACAAAGCAGAUGAGAAAACCAAGCGAAAAGGCAACAAUGGACGUAAGAAGAACACGCCAAAGGUUAACCUCAUCGAUUUUAAAACCUUCCACCUGCACAGCAGCUACAUGAUCCUCCUCCUCAGAUUUCUAAUAAAAAUUAUAAAGCUGUGCCAAAAUUUGGAUAUCCUCACAUACGGCCUGACGGUAUUAAUAAUCGCCAUUUUGAAGACCAAAAUUAAUAACAUGAAAUAUGUACCUAUAAACUUGCAACUACUUCACUUGCUAAUUCGAAUCAUGGAGGACAAGAAAAAAUACAUCCCCCUGUUUUCCUACUUCACCUGCAUCCUGAAUGGAUUAAAAUCAUAUCAACACGUCAGGACGAUUUCCAAAAAUCAAAAAAUCAGAUUAACCAUCCAAAAUUUCGAUAUCAACACUUCUCUCGAAAUUGACGAAAAAUUAAUUUCAGAUUUUUCUAUAGCUCACCAGGUGUAUGAAAAAUUGUACGUCCUUUUAUUGGACUAUGUUGGACUGAUGGUAAAUCAUAUCUCCUUUCCUGAAUUCUUUUUCGCUAUAGAAUCGUUCCUGAAAAAAUACUUCUCCGAGUGUAAAGUGCAUGCAUUCAAAAUGAAAAUUAAAAAUCUUCUCGUCUUGGCAAAAAAUUCCAUCGAAAUUAUACAGAAGAAAAGGAAAAAUAAAAAUAUCUACAACAUGCAGGAUAAAAUGAUUUCAGUCGGAAAUGAAAACCUGCCCCUAUCUGAACAUCGAUUGGCCGUUCUCGAAAACUAUGAAAAUAGCUGCUUGGUGAAGGUGAAGGCCAGGAUUAGUGGACUCGAGAAUAUUAAACAGGACCACAAUGAUGAUGACGAUGAAGACGAUGAAGACGAUGAAGACGAUGAAGACGAUGACGACGUACCCGAUGAGGAGGACCAUCAGGAGGAGCUUCCUUCUGAGCGGUCUCCCAAAAAAAGGAAACGCGAAGAUGAGAAUGCUCCCAGCAGUAGCACCAAGAAAAAGAAGAAAAACAAAAGCAACAACAAAAAGAAGAACAACAAGCCAACUGCGGAGGCGGAAGGUCCCUCCAAAGAGGACAACGUGGAGGUUUUUUCCAUGUCCAGUGAGGAUGAACCGGAAGACGCCUAA